AUGGAGGGGUUUGAAGAAUUUGAACCCAUUUUUAAUGAACCUAGAAUUGAAUGGGCAAAUAAUUCAAACCCGGGUCUGGGUUUGAUGGGUCAAUUCUUGAUGCAUAUAUUUGCUCCUGACAACAAUCACCUGAAAAUUCAAGUAACUGAUUACCAUUUCAAUACUUUUGAGGCUGUUAAAUCAGUUAUGCAGCUUGAUGACAUGAGGGAUUGCAUUGGAAUUGGAGGGUCUUGGACUGAGUUUGUUGAGUACAUUGUUGCUUCUUUCAAAGCUGAAGAUGUAAAGCUUGUUCUUGAGAAACUUUCGGAUUCGGAUGGUGCAGCAUAUGCAAAAUUAGUGGCUCAGAAAUCGAAAGGAAUGCCACUAAUUUCCAUCUCCCUUACAAAACUUGAGGACAACGCUGCCAGGGAUGCUAUGGCAGAUAUGUCUUUUGGGCUAUUCAAGGUGUUCAAAUGCAUGAAGAAUUUGGUAGUACAAGAGCAAAAUCACUCUUUGCAGUUGACGAAAGUUACAUCAGCCAAAGAGGAGAGGAGUGAAAAUAUCCAGAGCCAACUAGGAAAGAGACAGAAGUUGGAAAAAAUGAAUUCUUCAGACAAACAAGAUGUUUCUGGUCCUCUAGCCAAUAAUGGUGCGCAAAACUCCCCAGACAAACUAGCAGGCCGAGAUACUUUCUCAAAAAAAGUUACCAAUCGUGUCGUACCAGCAUUUCGCAGGGCAAAAGUAAGGGGUGCCUUACUCCAGGAUAAAGAAGAUGACAAAGAUAACUAG